GAAUUGCAAGCAUUGUUUGCAAACUCCUCGAACUCAGCACUUGAGCCAAUCUAGCUUCCAGCUUCCUUCGAUCCACACCCUAAAUACAUCAAGAUGAAGUUCGCCCUUGCCAUCGCCGCCACCUGCCUGCUCACCUGCGUCCUGGCUGCUCCACCUGCCGCCCAGCCGGAGGCCCAGGUUCUCCGCUUCGACAGCGAUGUCCAGCCCGAGGGCUACAAGUUCGCAGUGGAAACGAGCGACGGUAAAUCGCACCAGGAGGAGGGCCAACUGAAGGACGUGGGCACCGAUCACGAGGCCAUCGUGGUUCGCGGAUCAUACACCUAUGUGGGGGAUGACGGCCAAACCUACACCAUCAACUACCUAGCCGAUGAGAAUGGUUUCCAGCCGGAGGGCGCCCACCUGCCUAGGGCUGUGCAAUAAACUUACGCCGAUUGGGACUCUCCCGCCAAUCUAAUUCCAUUCCAGCGCAAAUGUGUUAACUAUGUUUAAGUUUCGUCUGAAAAUCAUCAUUACAUUUUAAUAAAAUCAUCAUGUAAAAGACA